AUGGACUGCACCGAAGACGGCACUCAGUCAUUGAGGAAUUCUUCGGGAGUGCCAGCUCCAUCACACACAUCAUCCGUUGCUGAACAAAUCCGGCCGCUCCUCGAUGAAACGCCUCAGUUCGGCGGUUCCUAUCCGCAUUCGACGGGAGAUGUUUUCCACCAGUCAUCCGGUCCGCAACUAAAUCGAAAUACGAGUCUUGAUAACACCCCUACCCGAUCAUCAAACAAAACACGAACCUUCACCUCUCAAGCAGCUCAUCCAACCCAGCAUGACAAUUUGUAG